GGUUACCUGUUUAAUCACGUGUUAAAAUAAGUUACGUGUUUAAUUAAAUUUGUUUUGAGUAAAAUCUGUUAUUUAAAAAAAAAAAAAAGUUUCUACCAGCUCUGACCUUCUUAGAUGAUUUGAACUUGGAGAAUUAAAGGGAUUUUAAUUAAGGACAUUUAAAAUACUGUCAUAUUCUACUCACCCUCAUGUUGUUGUGUCACUUUCUUUCUUCUGUGGCACACAAAAGCAGACUAUUAGUAACUGACAGCCAGUUUCGAUACAAUUGCAUCUUUUUCUAUAAAAUAGUUACUGAGGUUGUCAUUCUGCCUAAAGUUUCCUUUUGUUCUCUACGGAAGAAAGUAAGGAUUUGGAUCAACAUAAGUGUUGGUAAAUGACAGAAAAUUCAAUUUUGCGUGAACUUUUCCUUUGAGUAGCAAAGAAAUAUUAAGCUUAUAAGCUUCCACUUGAUGUUUACUUCUUGCUUAUACGACAAAAAAGGUUUUGGACCUGCUACAUGUAAAUGCCUCACUUGUUUGGAAAUUGGCUUAUACAUCUUUUGGCCACUGGUAGGCGCUAAAACUACACCGUAAACUGUAGAUGGAUGGAUAGAUAUUUUUUCUCACACAGGUUCACAUAAGUCAGCGAUGGCUCUGCUCACGCACCACGUGAAUGAGUUGUAAAGUCUGGCACAAACACUUAAGCCUUAUGCCAGCCUUUUUUUUUUCCACGAGACUUGCAUUUCGCAAAGCAGAUUUGCUAUACAUCCCGAAACAAGUUCUUUUUUUAUCAGUAGUUCAGUCUUGUUGUGCAGAUAAGGUGUUAUAUCAUAGCUGGCCAACCGUCUGUAGACGUUUGCAGACUGUAGCUUACAGCACAUUUGGCACGAGAGAGCAUGAUAGUGAUUGACGUAAGUGUCAAUUUGUAUAUCGCCCCAAGCGAUGCUUAGGCUGGAUGACUGGGACGCAACGUUUCCUUAAGAGCAUACUGUCUUUUAUGGAGGACUAUUUGAAUAGAGAUAAUGGUAAUCAUAAUACAUGCUUUUAAACGUAAGCUGCACACGUAGAAAGAUUACAUGCUCUCAGAACAUGCGUGUAUAAUGAUAUAUUUUCAUAUGGAUGAUUCUUCAAUAUCAUUAUAGCUUUAUAGUUUAAUUUUCCAUUCAUUUUAAAGAUUUUUUUUUUUUUUUGUAUGUUAAAUUUCUCUAUAUUGAACUUGUCCCACACCCAGACAUGUUAACUUUUAUUUAUAAAUACAAUUUUAUUUAUAACAUAUUUAUUUGAUCAAAACUACUGUCAUAAUUGAAGAAUCACCCAUAAAUCAAUGUGUAAAAUAGCUGCUCGAUCGCUGUUUGUAUCGACGAAAGUACUGUCAUGUAUUUGCGCGCUUAAACAUACAAAAUUUUACAUAUUACAAAUAUAACACAAAAUGGGUUAUACAAGACGAACCUUAAAAAAAAAUACUGACAGAAAAGUCGACCCCUAAAAGUCAUUGAGUAAUUUGCACAGUUGGCAACAAAUAUGCAAGCGACACUUUUUGUUUAUAAUGCACACGAAACGAAAGGCGAUUUAUAGUAGUAGAUUUGCGUUGUUUUGGAAACAGACCGUUUAGUGUAGCCAUUUAAACAUUCAAGGUUAUAUUCGGUGACUUAUGUUACUUUGACAGUUUGCCUCAUGAAUGGUGUGGAAUUGGUAAGAGUGGGCUGGAACUCCAGGACUGGAGCUCCUCGCCCACUCAGAUUGGAUUUGUCCUCAAUGAGGAAAGCGUUGUGGGGGAGAGAAAGGAGGCAGGGUUUGCGCUCCACGUGGGUGAGCAGUCCGUCCCCCCAUUGGCUACGAGUGCGUGACGUCUUUACAGAACCCUGCUCUGAUUGGACAGCGCUUUUGUGGGUGUAACCAUAGCAGCACAGUGGAAGCGAGAUACGGCGAAACAACGGGCAUUAUUAUGCGUGUUUCACUGGAGUUUCUCUUCGCUAUGAGGGCUGGGGUUUAAAAAAAAAAACGUUGCGCUGGUUUUGCAGUACACUGUCAACGACAAAGGACUACAGUUUACAGAAUAUUAAUUUUUAUGCACUAUCGGGAAAUUAGAAUUAAAUUCUUCUGUAUAAGAAGCUAUUAAUUUGGAGACUCGCCUCAGGAUCGAUCACCAAACGGGAAUAAUCACUGGGAAUAUUUUCCAAGAGCUUUUACAGAUAGCUUUCCACUGAGAGUUCCAGCCCUAUUCGUCCGCUUCCAUCGACCCUGUCUCCUCUAUCGUAGGCUAUCGAAUGGACCAGCAUCCGAGCGCCCGGAGCUGCAGCAGUCGCGGAGCUGCGCCGUCCUGCGAGAGCGUCUCCGGCGAGCCCCCCAUGAAUUUGUACAUCCACUCCACCACCGGCACACGCUUCGAGCUCUCCCUUCCCGCAGAAGAGACCGUGGAAGGGCUAAAGCGAAGACUCUCUCAAAGACUGAAAGUCCCCAAAGAAAGACUCGCUCUGCUACACAAAGAAACACGCCUGAGUUCAGGAAAACUCCAAGAUUUGGGAAUAACGGAUGGGAGCAAGUUAACACUGGUUCCGACAGUUGAAGCAGGCCUAAUGUCUCAAGCAUCGAGACCUGAGCAGUCAGUAAUGCAGGCACUGGAGAGCUUGACGGAAACACAGGUCAGUGAUUUCCUGUCUGGCCGGUCUCCUUUAACCCUGGCUCUGCGAGUAGGCGAUCAUAUGAUGUUUGUCCAACUGCAGUUGGCAGCACAGCACACAGGCGGCCCACAGUUGCAGCAUCGGCAUCUCAUAUCACGCGGGAGUUCAGAGGGCACGACAGGACAGUCUCAUGGAGCUUCAGGCUCUGGGAUGGCGAGGGUUUCACACAACCCCCACCCACAUCAUCCGCACCCACAUCCUCACCAUCCAAACACAAAGCUCCCAUCUAACCCUGCGGCCUUCCCACCUUCCCCCUCUAUCCCACCCGUUCCUCCCAUGUACCCCACCUCAGCCUCAGGGCACUGUAGCCCUCCACCGAACCCCUCUCAACUCCCUGGAAGUUUUCUUCACUCCCCGCAGCCAUCUUCGGCCUGUCCCACCUCUCCAAGCAGCCCCAGUCCUGCAGCUUCCUGUCCAGAGGCCAACUGCCCAGCAAAGACGUCCGGCAACUGUAACACUCCCUCGCGAUCCCGCAAACCAGGCGCUAUCAUUGAAAGUUUUGUGAACCAUGCUCCUGGAGUCUUUUCUGGGACAUUUUCAGGCACUUUGCAUCCCAACUGUCAGGACAGCACCGGACGUCCCAGGCGGGACAUAGGCACCAUCCUUCAAAUCUUGAAUGACCUUUUGAGUGCCACCCGGCAUUACCAGGGCAUGCCACCAUCACUCACGCAGCUCCGCUACCAGACCCAGUGCAACAGCCCAAGUUCGCCAGUACCAUCACCACCACCCUCACCUCCCCACACCCCCGGACUAACCGGUCUGCCUACCACAGUGCCCUCUGAGAUUCAGCCCACCCUCCACCCACUGGUGCAGUGCCAGAGCCAGAUCCGUAUGUGCAAGCCUCCUGGAGACCGACUGCGUCAGACGGAGAACCGAGCCACACGCUGCAAGGUGGAGCGACUGCAGCUGCUCAUGCAGCAGAAGCGCCUGCGCAGGAAGGCCCGGCGAGACUCUCGUGCCCCGUACCACUGGCUCCCCAACCGCAAGGCCGGGCGCAGCAACAGUAACAGCAGUAUGUCUAGCGAAGGCUCCUUGGACCUGGACUUUGAGGACUCUGUGUGGAAGCCCGACGUCAAAGCUGAUAUGAAAUCGGAGUUCAUCAUGGCCUGAAGCAGCAAUGGUUGCACCAUUUUCGAGGAAGACUGGGGUUUACACUUUAGAGAGGAGAAUUUCCGAAGACUGUACACACAGAUGCACAUUUAGAAUCUGGCAGGUUUUACUCCUCGUCUCUCCUGUGACCACAAAGACUUUACACAAAGGAAGAUUCACAGACUUUUACUUACUUUACAUCCUUGAUAGACUACGAUCUUGGAAUAGACUAAGUUUCCAAAUGACAAUGUUUGGAUAUGGAUUGGACUGAUGAAUAGACAGAAUUUGGACUCUGAACGUCCAAGAAGUAAACACAAAUGAGCAUAGCAGACAUCAUCGGUGUUGGGAUUUGUUUUUCUCUUUCCUUUUUUAUGUUUUUCUUUUUUAUCCAGGGGGAAGAUCUAUACCGGCCAUAUAAAGGGCACGAUGAACUGACAAAAAUCAGAUACUGACCUACUUCCUCCUUUUUUCGUUACGAAUGGGCAUUCACAGUUCAAGAAUCAUUUGAAGGGGGUUAUCUUCUUUGUUUUCAAGUCCUGUUUUUCUUGAAACAUGAUGAUUUCUGAAACAAUAUGUAGCAUUACCCACAAAGCAUUCAGGUUUUUUAUCUUGUAGACGAGGAGGGUUCAUUUGCACACACACCUGUGAUUUGAAAUAGACAAAUGAUAUCAUAACAUAAGAGAUGGCACAGUGCAUGUUUAGUAUAUAAAUGUACAAAAAAAAUACAAAAAAGUCUUUCUCAACAACAUCUCAGUAGUCAGAGGUUCAAGUAGGAAACUAAAACAUGAAACGAAACAUAAAUAUGCUGAUGCGAUUGAAGAUACCAGGCUUGUGAAGUCGGUUGUUUUUAGUAUAUAUAAAGAACGACUUUCCUUUUUUUACCUCCGUGAAAACAAACAAACCAACCAACCAAAUGUAAAACAGCAGUUGCUCAGCAAGGCUCAAGUCACGCUGUGAAAUGAAUCUGAUGUUAUAUAAUCAUUUAAAUACAUUACUGUCUAAAUGUGUAUAAUAGAGAGAGUGGUGGGGUGCCAGAGAAAUAGUUUACAAAUGUACAUUAUAAUGGCAAAGUGGAAUCUCUCAUUUAUGCAUUCACCUAAAACAACCCGUCUGGUUUUAUCCCAGCAAACACUUACAGUUGUUACAAAAUUUCAACAAGAUUACCCUUAUUUGUCCAUUCGGCCAGACUUCUUUGCAGAUUCCCACGUAAACAUCCAGACCACAGCGUAUCCCCCACCUUCACACUCUUGAUAGUGCCUCAUAUGUAGACGCACUGACAUAUUCAAUCAGGCGUUCCACAGACAGACGGUUCUGCUGCUAUAUGGGAUUUCUCUUUGCAUGCAAAAGUGUGAAUUAUCCUGAUCCUUUUUUGUAGAAGAAAAUAAUAAUAAUAAUAAUAAUAAGAAUAACAACAAUACUGAGAAACUGGUGCUGAAAAGAAAAGAUAAACAAGCAUGAAUUUGUGAAAAAUGGAAGAAAAAAAAAGACAUUUGCCCCAACUAUUUUGGGAUUUUUGAAUUAGAAACGUGAUGUUACAUAUCAGUCGUAAACCAAAACGGGACUGGAAUUCUACUGUACAUGGAUCAUUCCUGGACUAACUAAGGAACAAUGGAACAUUUUCUAUUCCCAAUAUCCAAGGGAUCCUCAGAGCAAACCCCGGCACUCCCAUUGACCUGUCCAGAUGCAGACUAACAGGGAUGUUAGCAACCAACAUUUGCCCCAAUGACUACUUGGAAAUAAACGUGAAAAUGUCCUAAACCACAUCGAUGUUGCACUCACUGAGUUUGCAAUGAGAUUACCUACCUGAAAGGGAACAUUGUCUUUUCCUUUUUUUUCUGUUCAAGUGGCCUUAACGUUCAUUAUCGAAACACUUGCAGAGUGGUGGACAACAUAGGGAUGUUUCUGUUGUUUUUGUCCUGUGUUUUUGUUAAAGCAUCACUUUUUCUGGGGCAAUUUUUGUGUUUAGGAGGUGGAGGCUCUAUUAUGUCAAGGCUUCAGUGCCUUAAAGUUUUGCCCUGUUGGUGUGUACAAAAAAAAAAAAAAAAAAAAAAAAAAUCUGAACAAAUUAUUCGCAUUUAUGCAGGUUUUUAUCAAUUUAUAGGUAGAAUAUUGUCUAUUAUGGUUUGAUUGUUACAAGUCACGACCUGGAGGUUAAACGGGUUCCAUCAGUGUGUUCCGUUGUUUGUUUGAUUAAGUCCCUUGAACCCUGCUGUCCUACAAAGAAGCAACAAAUUUACAAAUUUAAUUGAAAAAAGAAAGUUUCAACUGCAGUGCUAUAGUGACAAAGUGCCCUAACUCUCAACUGAGAAGUCCUUUAAGGACACAUUGACAACGUGCACUUCCCUUCUUCUCAGAUAAAUUACUUCAAUGGAUGAUUUCUCCCUUUCCCCCAAGAAAAUUAUUAUUUAAUUUUUAUAUAUGUAUGAAAUAUACUCUGUGUGUGCCUCACCUAUAUGUAAAAUGGUUAAAAAAAAAAAGAAGUGAAAACUGAAAAAAAGCAUAGGAAAUGAUCUGAGUUUUAGGAUUGGGUAAUUGAAUGAGGGUGGAGGGAGGGAACGGGGGCAUUUUCAAUAGUUUGUUGGAGUUCUGAUCACAUCAUUUAAGUUGCCUGUUCUUUCUUGUAGCCAAUGAAAACUGAUUACAAGAGUCGAGAAAAAAAAAAAACAAUUUUACAAUGUUCUAGCUAUAGACCGGUGUAGCACAUGUGUGACUGUAUUAAUUUAUGAAACCAAAAUGGUAACUGUGAAUUAUGUAUUUCUUUGUGCUUUUUUAAAAGUGGGCAGAAGGUGGAAAAAAGGGCGUUGCUGUGCCCUGUUUUGUUUUUGUGGAAUAUAAUGGAAAUAAUCAAGUAAAAAAAAAAAGGAAAAUAUCUAAAUAUAUUUUUUUCUUAAGCAAUACAUUUCAGUGUGACUUGUGAUAGGACAUUUUCUUUUUUUAGGUAAUAAAUUGAAAGAAAAAAAAUGA